AUGAAAAAUCAUCUUGUUGGAACCUAUAUCCAAGUUAAGCCAUGUAGUCAAGUUCUUGAAGAUGUUAAGAUGAAAUUUCAAGAGUUGUUGGUAGCAAAGAAAGUUAAUAAGGAUGAUGAUGAUAAUGAUAUGGUUGACAUUUUUAAACAGCAAGAUGUUAAUCCAAAUACAGGUAAAAUUGAUAGUUUUCUUAGUAAGGGGAAAAAAGGAAGUGGUUCUAACUCUAAGCAAAGAACUUUAAAUGAAGUUGUGAAGGAUAGGGAAAAGUUAGUGGGAGAUUAUGGAAGGGGAUUGAAACCUCCUACUUAUCAUGAAGCAAGAGUUUCUUAUUUAAAGAGAGAGGUUGAUCUUGUGGGAGAAAAACUUGGAAAGUAUAAAAAUGAGUGGAAAAAGAAUGGUUGCACAUUAAUGUCAGAUGGGUGGGUGGAUGGAUGGAAAGGUGUUGUGGAGGAGAUAGGAGAAGAGCACGUUGUACAAGUGGUAACUGAUGGAGCAUCCAAUUAUGUAGCUGCCGAUAGAAUGUUAGAAGAGAAAAGGAGAAGGCUAUUUUGGUCUCCUUGUGCGGCUUAUUGUCUUGACUUGAUUCUUGAGGAUAUUGGAAAGAUUACAGUAUUUUAUGACACCAUUGCAAAAGCCAAGCAAGUCAUAAGUUUUGUUUAUAGGCAUACAUGGGUGCUUAAUUUAUAUAGAAAAUUUUCAAAGGAUAAAGAGCUAGCAAGACCGGCAAUAACAAGAUUUGCAACGUCUUUUCUCACAUUGAGUUGCAUUAUGGAUAGUAAACUAGCUCUUAGGUCCAUGUUUGCAUCAAAAGAAUGGGCAAAUAGUACACAUGCUACUACAUUUAAGGGGAAAAAAGUGGUGGAUCUUAUCUUGAGUGAUACAAGAUUUUGGAAAUCCAUCAAUUUUCCUUGA